CCGAUGAUCAUCCUCUACGACGUGCCCAUGAGGUUUCCUCAGCCUUGGGCGCCGAAUAUAUGGAGAAUAAGGCUCAUACUGAACUACAAGCGGUUACCGUACCGCACAGCCUGGGUCGACUUUCCCGACAUUGAGCAAACGCUAAUCUCCGUCGGCGCGCCGCCCACCUCAUUCCGCCCAGACGGCCGUCCCGUAUACACCCUCCCGGCCAUCGUCGACCCCUUCGGGUCGCCCACACAGCCCAUCGUACUCUCCAACCCCGCCAUCAUCGCCGAAUACCUCGAGACGAGCUACCCGGCGCGCCAAAUAUUCCCCGAGGGCUCCAGGGCAGUCCAGUCCCUCUUCGUGCACUACGUCCAGGAGACAUUCGUCAAGCCCCUCCUCCCGAUCAUGGUCCCGCUCACCCACCAGCGCCUGCACGAGCGCAGCCAGACGCACUUCCCCCUGCGCGCUGCGACGCCGCAGCCUGCCGGGCCCGGUGCGUGGCGCGCGGUGCAGGAGCAGUUCGAUUUUCUGGCGGCGAUGAUGGACAAGAACGGGCCGCCCGACGGAGACGGCGUCGUCGCGAUGGGGCAGGACCUCACGUACGCCGACUUUGCGGUGUGCUCCGUGCUGAUCUGGAUCGAGAAGGUCGCGCCACACGACGGCUGGGUGCGAGUCAGGCAGUGGAACGGCGGACGGUGGGGGCAGUUGUGGGAGCGGUGCAGAGGGUACAUGGAUGUUUUCUGAGAGGCGGACUCACUCGGCUCUGUAGCGCCUAUUGCGUGGCGGGCUGGACUCCAUCGGUAGCGUUGUGUAUCGCUUCUAGACCCUGUGUCGCCUAAUUCGAUAAGUACAUUUCCUCUGGAUCCUUAUUGCUUGUAGACGCAAUGACUCACUUACUUACGAAUCUAAUGCUGUAUGGUCGAGAAAAUUUGCAGUGUAUAAUUUCA